AUGGCCCCGAGUCUACAGGAGUUGAUUGAUUUCCUCCUUGGCGAGGUCGCGCUAUGCGGCAACCAGGGAGCAACAAUUUCAACUGUGCUCCAAGCAAUUGAAGCUUUCUACAAGAAUGCUUCCCAGGAUGCAACCCAACUGCGCCAGACCGUUGACCGUCGUUUCAAGGCAAAGGUUUGGACCUGGCUAACGCAACAUCCCGAGGUAUCGAUAGGCCAGGAAAACGAGUGGCAAGGCCUCUCUCUGGACGAGGCCGAAAAGCUUGACCGUGAGGACCAAGAGCCAAGGGACUCGAAUGCACAGGACAUAGAGACCGAAACAUCAUCCACGGUUGCGCAAAUUCGAAUUUUUGUCCCUCGGGAACGGACCUGGCAUGCGGUCGCCGGCCAUGGCCCUGACGAGACCAAACUUCCUCAUUCGGAAUUUGUCUUGCUUUCAAUCAUCGCCGCCCACCGUUCAGCAGGCAUUGAUCAAGUCAGACUGGUGAAACUGAGUGGCCAAGAUAAACGCUCCGUUCCAAAGCGAACAGAUGCUCUCCAGAGAAAGGGAUACAUCGAAAAGCGUGCCGUUCAAAUCAAAUCAGCGCGGACUAGUCUAUGCACCCACAAGCGAUUCCUCAGAAAUGCAUCCGACAAUCAAGGCCACCAGAAAUCCCAAAUCGCCACCCAGGAAAAAAAUAUCAUUGAUUUCGAGGCGUUCACCACUCAGCUUUUCGAAAUUCUCAGGAAAGAGCAGAUUAUUUCACGUAAUGACCUGAAAAGGCUUCUAGGUUUCCAAGACCGCUGGCGCUGGAAAAUUCUAUCUCGAGCCAUUCGCAAAUUUGAAAGAAUGGGGGUCGUUGAGCGCGUGAGAGCCGAGUCACAGUACGAAAAACUACACCCUUGUGUUAUACUCAGGCGUGAACCCACCGCAAAGGACUUUUCCAGUUUUCAUGAAUUCAAUGGGGAUGCCUUGAAUGCUGAUGUCGAUGACCAAGCCGAUGAUGAUGAGGAUAUGGAGAUCGAUACUGUGCAGCAAAUAUCCGGUGCCGAUGAUGGAGAUGUGGAUAUGGACACGGAAAAGCACGUCGUGAAGUCUGGGCCAGUUAUGCCCAUAUGGACGCCAGAUCGCCAUGUCACGAACCAAAUAUUUGACAUCAUUGAUCGAUCCGGCCCGCGGGGACUCACCAAUUUGGAAAUUAACAAACUCUGCUUUGGAAUCUUCUACCGCAGACCUUCGGAAAGCUUACUACACCGUCUAACUGAUUGCUGGCAGCUCUCACAGCCUCUCCACCUGCGGCACUUUGCCCUUCUCAGGGACCAGGAUAUUCAAAAAACCAUUAUCUUUUACAGAAACUUCUCCAUGAAGAACUUUGCCGAACGUGUCAAGACUGGCAUAACAUCAUGGGAGGCCGUGGAAUUUUCCACUGGCAGUAAGAAAAAGAACGCCCCGAAGAUCCCAGGACCCGAAGCAACAGCCCAACUCGAUCAAUAUGGAUUUCCUCUCACCGGGCCACCGGCGGGAUUGCUUAAAGGUGGCAGAGGAACUUUGUAUCAGGGGUUGCUUGCUGCCAAUCCCAAAGACUACAAGCUGACCAACCAUGAUCCUGCGGUUAUGCUUCUUCCAAAUGGCGAAUUCACUAUCAGGGCCGGGCACAUUAAAACCCAGGCUGGGACAACAGGAACUCCAGGUACAAUGAAGCCGCACGGUAUUCUGAAAGGCCCUUUUAAGAAGCGCGAAUCAGACAACCCCGACGAGGAAGUAAAUAGCAUCAACCUGGAAGAGACCCCAACACAGUCCAUGCAACGGCCGAAGGUUUCCAAAGCCAAGCUUAACAGACUGACGGGCCUUUCCAGAAAAGAGAGGUUUGAGGCGUUGGGCAUGGAUAAAACUUGGACCGAAUACAAUGCUUUGUUAAUGGAUAAGCCUUCGCCUGGUGUUUACGUUACGCCGGAGGGCAAAAGAAGGCCGGCAGGCAAAAAGCAAGGCAGACCAAGGAAGAGUCGGAUCGCUGUCUUCAAAUCCCCCAACCUUUCCAACAUGCCGUGGUUCGUCAAGGAGAAAAGUGAUUCAGAUGGUGAUCAGCUUGUCGAUGAAGGUCAACAGAGUUCGAGCUCCCACCCGCGGACUUCUAUCAAACGACCCCCGCCUGGCUUCAACCAAGCCGACUCUCCUAGUCCAUCGAAAAAGCCGAGGAGGGAACCUAGGAUGCAGUCUGAGACCGAGGAGCUUGGAGAUAUUGCUGGAUCAGCAGUGUCAUCGGGGACCGAAGCCGCAAUCGCUGGAUCAGAAAUCCCACCUACUGAAGUGGAUGACAAUUCUACACAAGCUGAUGUCACGGCUAAGCAUCCACGCAGUGCUGAAGACACUCAAACGUCUCCAAAUAAACGACAGAGGAUUGCGUCACCUGAUCGAGCCGAGUCUGAAAUCGCUGCUCAUUCGGUUGCACCUGAAAGUCCCAUAGCUCUCGAUGAGGGGACGAUGGAGCCUCCUGCCACACCGAUGGGCGCAGGUGAUCCCAAUUCAGGAGAACGGAAAGGAAAGAAAGUGCAACCCAAAAGGGCAGAGAAAGGCGGAGGCUCUAUCAAUCUGCUCCGAAGGAAGAUCGUUAUGGAUAUUGUUGAGAAGGCCGGGGGUGCAUAUCCUUCCGGACAUGAGAUUUGGUAUCCAUUCGUGACCGAGUGGAUGAGGUUGAAAUUUAAGGAGAAGCCAGAUCUGCGAACCGUGAAGAUGGCAAUCAAGCAUCUGGUUGAUGCUGGCAAGCUUCGGCAACUCACUUUCAGCGGCAAAGAUCUAUCCGAUGUGAUGGUUACAAAGACCAUGGUCACGAAACCUGAAGUUCCACCCGAUGAUCCUUUGGUCAAAGAAAUGCAAAAGAAAGUGCUAGCCACGGAUCGAGCCUUUCCGAAGGUAUCCUACUCUCCAAAUAUCGUCCUGGAUCCCAGUGUUUCAAAGCACAGCUCGCGUGCCACUGGACAGAAGCAGGAACUGCGAGUUGAAGAAGGAACCAUAGUUAGGCUGCAAACGAAACCGGCGUUUGUUGUCAACUCGGAAAAGAGGAGGGACCGACGAGUUGAGAUGGCCUUAUACAAACGAGUGGUUGGACAAGCUGAUCCUGAUUCCGAGGAUGACAAUCUUGAUAUUCCUGGUUUCGCUCGGCUCAUGCAGAUUAAACGGCCACCGGCGGUGGAAGAAUUUGCGCCAGGGUCUCAUAUCAAGCAAACGAUCAUUUUCAGACCUAAGAAGACAAACUUGAGCCAGAGACAGAGGGGGAGAGCGGAGCUCUUUGUCAAAAAGGACUGA